AAACAAAUGACAGAAAUCACUACUUUACAUUCUCACGAAAGCCUUCCUAAAAGAAUACGUUCAGCAUCUGCUCGUAUCUUUUCGUUAAAUAGCGACAGCUUUAACCCAAAACGGUCUACAUGUCACAUACAACCCACAACGACAAUGAAAUGGUUACCACGUAUCCGAUCACGGUCUGCCUCCUCUGCGUCAUCUACAUUCUCUGUCGUCUUUUCAUCAUCACCGCAUGCUUCAUAUAUCGAACCCAACCAUCACCAUGGAUCCCAUUUUGACCCCAGUGUCUCACUCGACGUCGUCUCUUCCGAAUUGGAAGAUCUCUAUCGUACAGCCAAGGAAGAGAUUGCAGAUGCAAUAGAGUCACAGGAUUCCAUCUAUUAUGAGGGAGAUCAAUUGGCUGCACAAUUAGCAUUUGAAAACUGUAAAGCGAAAUACGAUGAUGCCAUGCAAUUAUUUGGUGAUACCGCCAAUGCUGUCAAAUUUCGAUUUCGUUGGGAAUCUGAUCUUUAUCAUUUACAAUUGACCUUAAAGACACUACCAGCGCCUACUUUAUCCAUUUAUGACUAGAAUAACCCCAUCCAAAAAAGAAUAAAAAUAGUGUAUUUGUAUAUUCGCC